AUGUCUGCUGCUGCACCGGCUUCCCCGGAUCUCCGCCUGCGCGGCUGCACUUCCGCGGCUGCCCGCGCGGGGAGCCAGGGGCGCUGGGGCGAGGCUUUGGUCCUUCUCUCCGCGCUGGAGACACAGCUUCAGGCCAACGUCAUCUCCUACAAUGCCACCCUCAGCGCCCUCGAGAAGCGUGGGUGCUGGCAGAAGGCAGCUGCUCUGGGAGCGUCGCUGGAGGUCAGCAAACUCCAGCCCAGCGCGGUCACCUUGGGAACGGUCCUGAGCUCCUGCAGUAGAGCUGGUCAGUGGGCACGGGCCGAGGCCGUCUUCUGCAAAGUUCUCUACAUCGCUGCCGACUGCAACCUAGUAGUGCUGAACAGCGCGGUCAAUGCACAUGCUCGUGCGGGACGCUGGCGGAACGCCAGUUUGAUGCUUUCAUCGGCCCGAGACCUACAGCUUCGCACCGACUCCGUCACGGGCAACACGGUGUUGGGCGCCUGCGAGGCGGGUGGAUGGCCUGCCGCCUUGGCCCUGUUUACGAGUUUUCGGCGCAGUCAGCUUCCAGGAACGACAACGACCUUGAACACGGCCAUCAGCUCUGCCGAGAGAGGCCUCCAAUGGCCAUGGUCCCUGCAGCUCUUCGAGUGCUCGGACCAGAAGGACACGAUCACCUUCAACGCCACCCUCAGCGCCAUCGAGAAGAGCAGUGAAUGGCCCAAGGCCCUGCAGCUUCUCGAUGAGCUCGAGGACUCCAGCCUGCGAAAGGAUGUUGUCGCUCUGAACUCCGCGAUCAGCGCAUGCGAGAAGGGAGGUCGUUGGCAGAUGGCGCUCUGGCUGAUGCAACGUCUUCAGGAAUGGAAGCUUGAGGCCACGGUGGUUACCUACAACGUAAAGCCGAACCGCCAAAACAUGCUCCAAAGCAAAAGUUGUCCCAGCUCCAACCGAAAGACCUCGGACCUCCCAGCUCCAACGCAGGCUAUCUCCGCAUGCGAGAAGCAGAAGCAGGUGCACCAGGCGCUCAUGCUCCUAGAGGAGCUCAAGGAGGAAUCGUACAAGGGACAACAGACUGUUGAGAGCUUACCAUGUGCCGUUUUCCUACAAAGUAUGGUUCUGACGACAAAUAUUCCAGAUCCAAACUUUAUGAAAGGCCCCGUCGACGUGCAUUAG